UGAUAACUUCAUUUUGCCGUAGUAAGCUAUAAAGCAGCAUUGAAAAGUCAACAAGAUUUUAUAAAAAGUAAAAUAGUGUGACUAAUAAUCAAAGCUGCAAAAAUUUCCAGAAUUUGUCUAGAUAAGGUAGCAGUAAGGAAUUACAUACACCACACCCUUUAACAUGCUUACUGUUUCACACCUUAUCGAGGAAAUACUUAAAAUAUAUCAUGCGACACCUGAAUAUGCUAUUCUGCAGGCGGUUUUUAUUUUACUUAUUUCUGCAUACUUAAUUUUUAUGAAGAAUCAAAAACGGAAAAAGAAAUUUACCCGCGAAGAAGAGGAAGCUAUAAUAGCAAAUUAUACACCUGAACCUCUAGUACCUGAAAUCCCCGAAGACCAUCCCAAGUUACACCCAAAACUAGUUUUAAGUAAAAUUGGUAAAAUAAUUAAUUUAAAUGGUCAUAGUUGCAUAGAUUUAGCGACACAUAAUUAUUUAAGUUUGAUUGGUGAUAAAGAAAUCGAAGAAAAAGCGAUAAAAUCUAUUAAGAAAUAUGGCAUAGGUUCUUGUGGACCUCGAGGCUUCUAUGGAACUGUCGAUGUUCACUUGGAACUGGAGCAAAGGCUAGCCGAUUUCAUGAAAAUGGAAGAAGCUAUACUAUAUUCUUACGGAUUUUCAACAAUCGCCAGUGCAAUUCCAGCUUAUUCGAAAAAAAGUGAUGUCAUCUUUGCUGACGAACAAGUAAAUUUUGCUAUUCAAAAAGGUAUAGAAGCUUCUCGAAGCGUAGCAUACUUUUACAAACACAAUGAUAUGGAGGAUUUAGAAAGAUUAUUAGUAGAGCAAAGUAAACGUGAAAUAAAAAACCCUAAAAAAGCAGCUAAAACCAAAAAAUUUUUAAUAGCCGAAGGUAUUUAUAUGAACACUGGUGAAAUAUGUCCCCUACCUGAAUUAAUUGAAUUAAGAAAAAAGUACAAAUUACGGAUGUUCCUUGAAGAAAGCAUAUCAUUUGGGACCCUCGGGAAACAUGGUCGAGGGGUUACAGAACAUUUCAAUGUUGAUCUAAUAGAUGUUGACUUAAUAUCAGCAGGUUUAGAAUACGCUGUAGGAUCAAUCGGAGGAUUCUGUGUUGGAUCCUCUUUUAUUAUAGAACAUCAACGAUUAUCAGGAUUGGGUUAUUGCUUCUCAGCCUCACUGCCCCCUUUAUUAGCGCAAGCAGCAAUAACUGCUUUAGAUCGUUUUCAAGAUAAACCAGAAAUGUUUGAAACUUUAAGAAGUAUUAGCAAAAAAAUGCACUUAAAAUUGAACAAAUUAACUUAUGUAAAAGUUCGUGGUAACGAAAUAUCUCCCGUGAAACAUCUCUAUAUUAAAGAUGAAGAAUAUGAUAGGAAACAAGAAUCAAUGCUUUUGUCAAAAAUAGUUGAUUUGUGCGCGGAGCACGGAUUAGCUGUUGUUGAAACCCAGUAUUUAGACGAAGUGGAAAUAAUUCAUCCCCGUCAUAGUUUAAGAAUUACUUGUAAUAUAUCAUUGUCUGAUAGCGAUUUAACUGUUAUCUAUGAUACAUUAGAACUUGUUACAAAAUUAGUAUUAAGUUCAAGCUAAGUAUUUGCUAUAAUGAAAUACGGACAUGGCAUAAAUUAGUCUAAUUAGAAAUAAAAAAUAAAAGUGUUUUUUGUACAAGUUUGUUCCUUGUCACAGAUAUAAGUUAUAAAAGCUUUUUAUGUUUCUGUUAUACAAUAUUUAAGUGGUCUACACAUUCUAAGUAAUUUUAAGAAAAUUGUUUCACUUUUCUGUUUGUUUUUAUCUGUUUUUUUUUUUUAAGACUAAGUUACUGAUUAAAGACUCACUGCUUAAUUUUCAAUAUUUUCACUUUUAUAUAAUAUGUUAAAGAAAAGAGGAAGCUAAAAAAUAAUAAAUUUAA